AUGGAUAACGCUGUGUCCGCCGUCACGGGUCGGUCUGACGCCCGAGCGACAAUCAACGCCAAACUCUCCGACGAAGAUCUUUGUCAAAUAUUCAUGACACUCGCUCUGCUUGACAUACCUUCUUUGGAACGUCCUCAAGGCUGGUUCCUUCAGGUGAAUAGCGUCUGUCGUCGCUGGCGCUAUGUCGCUCUGGGCUACGCCGAGCUUUGGGCCAUAAGCGCGGGCUCGUUCCCUUCUAAAGUCAUGACCAAUCUGACAAUCGAGCGUGCCCGCCGUUCCGCCUUGCGUUUUGACGGACAUUUUGAAGAUCAUGCUGGCCCUGGCUAUGUGCUCACUCACUACCAGCAAUCGCUUUUAGAAAAGUACGGCGACCGUCUGCGCUCUGUCGUGCACGACGACUACCAAGAUUGGUCGGUGCUGCUGUAUCGCCUGGGAACCUUGCCGCGACUUGAGAUGGCGCGGAUAUGGGAUGAUUCUGACUCUAAUGCAUGGGACGGAGAUGUAGUCAUACACGCUCCUCGAUUGCAGGGUCUCUAUAUGAACAAUGUGUUGAUCCCGUUCAGCGCACCGAGUCUCCGGUCUUUGCGUGUAGACUUCAAUCAGUCCAACCAGUCUGUGCCACCAGACGAGCCCGCGGAUGAUCCCGAAUACCAACCAAUCCCAACGAUGUUUCCAACGAGAAAACUCAUUGGUUUUCUCCAACAUUCGCCCUUGUUGGAGAAGCUGGUUCUUACGGGCAUGGGUCAGCUACCCGCUUUCAAUCUGCCACCUGUAGAGGAUCUCUCUGUGGCACUCCCUAGACUUCAGAGUCUCGAUUUCAGUGAAGCAUUCACGGCGAUGGAGGAUCUAUUGAAUAGAUUGCAGUUUCCGCCGGAAACUCAAAUGUCAAUCUGGCAUACCGGACCUCAGGAUAAUGACACGAACUCAGUGUUCUCCUUUGACGAGGAUCAGGCUUGA